AUGUCAAACAUCACCUUCCCCUUCAACCACUCUGCAGAGAAGCAGCUCCUCUGUCCCCUGCUGCAGGCCAUGUGGGAGCACUCUGUAAAUGGCAACGCCAAGGCCAAUCUGUUGGUGGUGUGCAUCCAGGGCCUGGUCUCCUGCCUGGGCAUACUGGAGAACGCCUUGAUCCUCUGGGUGGUGGGCUUCCGCCUGCGCCGCCGCACCGUAGCCUCCGUCUGGGUGCUCAACCUCGCAUUGUCCGAUUUCCUGGCCACCCUGACGCUCCCCCUCUUUACCCACUAUCUCCAUUCCUCCCAUAGCUGGGAGCUGGGCAGACCCCUCUGUGCAGCCCAGGCCUCAAUCUUCUUUCUCAAUAUGUUUGUGUCAGCCUUCCUGCUGGCGGCCAUUUCCCUGGACCGUUACCUGUUGGUGGCCAAGCCAGUGUGGAGUAACAACCAUCGGUCAGUGUCAGCAGCGUGGAAGGUGUGUGCCCUGGGUUGGCUAUGGGCAGCAGUCAACACGUUCCCAUAUUUCCUGUUCCGGGAUGUGAUUGUGAAGAAGAAUGGGAAUAAACUGUGCUACCAUAAUUUUGCCUUGUUUUUAUCGUCCCAAGCCAUGCUGGACAGGAAUUGUGAAGUACGCCAGACAGCUACAGCCAUCUCCAAGCUGUUGCUGGCAUUCUUAAUCCCUCUACUGGUGAUUGCAGGGAGCUACAUCCAGUUAGUUAUCAGCUUGAGAAGGAGGACGGGGAGGAAGAAGGAGAGUACCAACAGGCUUACAGGAGCACUGAUUGUGACAAAUACAGAUAGGGCCUCCAAAACUACAAAAACCUCUAAAACUGCAAAAUCUAUGAAUACCUUGUUCAAGCCUGAAGCUCCUACCCCGGCGUCAUCCUCCAACAACCAGACCAGUCAGGGCCUGUUAUCAAAGAACUUCACCAAGAUGGUGACGUCUGUGAUAGCAGCAUUUGUACUGUGCUGGGCUCCUUACCAUAUCUUCUGCCUUAUUGAGGUCGGGGCCCAGUACUGGCCUCAAAAGCUGGUUCUUGUGGAGGUGUGGCUGCCUAGAGCGACAACCUUUGCAUUCUUUAAUCCGCUGUUGAACCCCAUUCUGUAUGCUUUCAGCUGCCCUCACUUCUGUGUGAGAAUACGGCAAAGCUUGGCGGCAGUGUUUGAAGGACUGGUGGAGGAGGGAGGAGGGCUCAUUUCAGUUCCGGGGAGGAGUAGGAGAGCACAGCCAAGAUGUGAGCUCGGCAGCUGCUCCAACAUCCCCAAACUGUCAAGCAUCACCCCACCUGUCAUCCCUCACGCUGGGCCCUGCGACCCCACUCUCAACAUAGCCCCAUAG